GGUAACGAUAAAAAACUGGACAGAAAAUCAUUGUUCAGAAUAAUAAAAAGAUUAGUCAAUGAAGGCUAUAUAAAAGUUUACAAACUAGCCAUGUACAACAACGCCAUAAGCAAAACAGUCGUAUUUAUCUGCCACCCGUCCGUAAAUCACAUGGAUGAUACGAUAAAAAGCGCUUGUCAACAGAUCAAAUGGAAAUUUUUCACUACCAGUUGCUCGGCGUCUAAAACGACAAAACCUCACGUGCCCGGCGUACAGAAAAGUUUGGAAAACAAAAUCGGAAAGUCCCCAUUUUCUGCUACUGAUGUUUUGAAAAGCAUCAACGAGUUGAAUAAGUUAAAUAAACUGAUGGUAAAAGAAAUACAUAGAAAACAUAGGAAAACAAUGGGAGUUAUUUAUGGAUGUAAAGCAAAAUUUACCAGGAUGAGGAUAAUGCACGAAUUCCUCUUCUAUCUGGUAUACAAUUACAACGGAUCUAAAAAACCACUACCACGUGAAGAUGUUCGUAAAUUAUUUAAAAGUUAUCGUAUCGAACUCUCCGAAAAAGAUUUGAAUGAAAUACCAAACGUAUAUUGUAACGAAAUAAGUUGGAAAAUGUUUGUACCCCCUUUACCAGCGCACGCUGGAUGGACCACCGGCUGGGCGCUGGUUUGCGAUAUCAUUCUGAGAUUUCCACUUUCUGUUCUAUUGAAAAUUCAUAAUUGCUGUUACGAAGAUUCUGAACUUUUGGCAACUUUGAAUCAUCCCGUUAAAAGAUUUUAUUUGGUAAAAGAUCAUUCUGAAAUAAUCAGACGGACCGUAUUUUUUAAGCGCAAAUACCUUUACGAUGCUUACGAUACAAUAAAUCGGUUGGUAUUUUGCGGAUUGGUUCAAUUCGGUCCUAAGAAAUAUAAAGAAAAAGACCAAUUGUUUAUCUAUGUGAACCGAAGAGCUACGGUUAAGGACACCAGAAGCAGCGGCCCCGGAUACAAUGAGGUGGAAAAUAAGGAGUAUCCCACGAUACCGUUUUAUUUUAAUACUCUUAGUGAUAUCGAUCAUUAUUGGCACAUGCUAAAUUCUAUAAGUUUAAAUACUAAGCUCAAUGCUAGAGAACCAGGUCAAAUAGUAACGCUAACUUACAUAAAUACGAAGAAUGAAUUCGUGGAAAGUAUCAAGUCAAGAACACCCAAAGAAGCACUACUACAUGAUAACGGCAUAACACCUGGUGACGGAAAAGGCGCAUGCGGUUUGGAUUCAUCAUUGUGGCCCCACCUAGUCAGAAAUUGGGUUUGGGCAACAAAAGGAACCCGCAGUUUCGUGUUUACGGGUUUAACCAAUGAAACCCUCAGAGAGAUACCACCACAAACCACACUGUUCAAUGAUUUGUCUGCGAACGUUAUACCAAAAUUCUACCUUCCUUCUGUUCAAAAUAAGGGCCAUCUCAAAAAUAUUAUGCAGCCCUCUCUUGGCUGUCGUAACAACAAAUACACGAGAAUAAUACAGAGACGAGUAAAACAAAUAGUCAAAAGGCAAUACAAUGACGAGGUCGAUAAAAAAAUUCUAAAAAAAUUGGGUACGAGAAGAGCAAAAUGGUUGGAGCAAGAGGAAGAAUACGCUUUGUUGUGUAAAAUUGGAGAUCUUAUUUUGAACGCAACGAAACAUUUCAAGAAACAGAUUAUCCCUUUUACCGUUGUUAGAGAUGUCUUGCAUCGGAUAUGCCCUUUAAGCAAAUAUAAAACUUCCAGGGCCAUUCAACGACAUUGGAGUAAAUUACAAAAACGUGCUUAUGUUGGAUUAGAAAACAAAGUUCUAAAUUUGUUCAAAUUAAAGCCAAUUGCUGAGACGUUCAAAGUUUUGUUGGAUAAAAUUGGUGUUCUCGAUGAAAAAACUAAAUUACCGUUUAAAUUGACAGAAGCAGAGAAAUCAGCCGCCUACGUUAUUUUGAUGUCUUAUAUUGUACGCAACAAGAAGAGAAUAUUCGAUGUCUUGGAAGGUAAUUUAGUUAAUAAUGACCAUUUGUCUGAAGACAAUCUAAAAUACACAGAAGAAACAGCAGUGGAGAUUGAAAAGAAAGAAAAAAAGUAUUUCGAUCCCAAAAAUGAAGUCGACAUUAAAAAAGACAUAGUUAAAUCAGUUAUACACAGCUCGCUUUGUUCUAAAAAAAUAACAGAUUUUUCGGUACAACUUUUCAAAAUUUACCAAAACUAUCCCGACGCUCUGGUCAAAGAAGCCGUAAAAGAACUGAGAGACAACAAUUUGAUUUGCUAUCGAACAAAGAAACAAAGAAGAUCAAAAGUUUGGGACACUCCAUUCUGUCUGUCGCAAUUUUACAUUUUCUUUCAGUACAGCACCUUCACCAAUAACACAGCCGAAGAAGCUUUCCGCGUUCUCAGAAACGUUAAGUCAAAACGAAUAGUAAAUUUCAAACAGGACGUAACAGCGCUGCAUAAUUUGAGGUACGGUCAAUUAUUGGGACUGAAUGAGUUUUUCACUUUUUAUCCGCAGUUCGAGUUGUCUUUUUAUUUACCGCAAAACACGAUCGUUUUGAAUCCCGACAUUGCUGAUCAUGAUGAGUUGGUGAAAGAGUUGGCCGUUAGAUAUCAGCUCAAGUUGAAGAUGUUGAUGGAAGGAAAUGAAAAUGAAAUUGAUUUUGAAUCGGAAGGUGAUAAUGACAGAACAAAAUCUCAGGACCAAGACCUAAUCUUACUAGAAGAAGACAAAGAAGUAUCUGAUAUUUAUGAACAAAUUACAACAGCCCCGACUGACAAUCAAGACAUUCCUAUUGACUUGACAAGCGAUGGUAACAAUGCGGAAACCAUCAAUCGUUUAAAAACUUGGAUAACCGAUUGCAUGACAGCGGAAAGUGAACGAAGAAGCCCCAGUCCUGAAUUUAUGAUUGAACGUUCAGAAUUACAUAGGAAUGAAUCGGAAAAUCAAGAAAAUAUUAGAAACGAAGUUGAUAAUGAUGAAUGUGGCACUGGGUUAAGAGGAAUUGGUUCGGUUGAAAGAAAUUUGAGCCAGAUUCCUACUUUGGAUGAAAUCAAGGAAGGUAUGUUAAAGACGAAUAUAAAAGACGAAGAACGAACUAUUCCGCACAUCACCGAACUAAGCGAUUUGCUCACGAAAAGUUUCAACGAUUUAAAGAUGGACACGACUACUUUGCAAAAUUUAAAGAGUCAUUUUAUUACGGAAUACGUUAAGUUGGACAACAUAAUUAUAAACGAUUUAGAUCAACUACAAGAUCACUAUAUGAUUCAAUACAUCGACGCUUCUAUGAGGAACAGAAAAAUGUGGGAUAAAAUUGAAAACGAUGUUACUGCUAAAGACUUUCGAAAGUUGCCGAAUUUUGAGGAACUAAUAAGAAAUAAUUGUGGCAGAGACGAAGAUAUCGCACUGGCAACUGAAAUUAUUCAAUUUGCUGCUGCUAAAGGUAUUCUUGGUGCGUCUGCACAAGAAUUAAAGGAAAUAUUUUUAUCUAGAGAAGCGAACUGUUCGUUGACGAGCAUAAUAAAGCAUCUUAUGGACGCAGGAAUAUUAUUUCAAAUGGGCGUUGCAAGCUUAACCUUUGUACAUUAUAAAUAUCAGCAUGUGUGGGUUGUUGAACAAGUGUUAGUAAUGUCUGAUUCAGCGUCUACCAGUAAAAAUAUCGAACUCGAUCAAAGGUUACCGACGGCAGCAAGAAUGAAACUAAUGCCUUGGGUAGGUGUUAACGGACAGCUCGAUAAAUUAGUUUUGAAAAACUGGAUAAGUAAUGUUUUAUCUUACACAUUGGAUUUUCCGAAUGUAACAUUUGCGAAAAUGUGCGACAAAUAUUGUUACAUAAAACCGGUGGAUUUGUUUUAUAUUGUACAGAUUUUAGAGGAAUUGGGCUGCGUUGAGUUGUUAAUUUACGAGUCAAGACAAGAGGAAGAUUUAUUUACAAAUUGGGUUCAGCCUGAAAAAAGGUAUGCCAGCUUCUUAGACAACUUAGAUGACAUUGUGAUUCAACCGAAUAAUGUUUCAAUGACAUGUUUGGGCGCGUUCUUCUGUGAACAACUGAAUGCUUAA